AUGGUGAUCGUUAAUGGUGUUGCUAGCAGAACAAGAAGCAAGAAGAAAAAUAGGUCUUUGAAUCCGUCACCGAUUGGAUCAGGAUCCCGAAACGUGUUUCCUAUUGAUGGUGCUGGAACUUCUGCCAACGAUCCUAUAAUCGUUGGUUUGAUUGAUAGUAGUAGUGAUGAAGGCACUGAUAACAUUGAUGAAGGCCGUGGAAGAAGUUUGGACUGGGAUUUUGGGCUUUCAAGUGAGUCAGAGGAUGAGGGAGAAGGUUCAGCCUCAGCAUCAAUUUCAUCUUCAGGCAGUGAUGAUGAUGCAGCUGAUGAGGGGUUGCAGAAGCUUCAUCAUGGGUAUGUUAAUGAAGCGAAGAAGGAAGAAGUUCAAGAAAGAAACGUGUUUCCUAUUGAUGGUGCUGGAACUUCUGCCAACGAUCCUAUAAUCGUUAGUUUGAGUGAGAGUAUUAGUGAGGAAGGCACUGAUAACAGUGACGAGGGCCGUGGAAGAAGUUUGGACUGGGAUUUUGGGCUUUCAAGUGAGUCAGAGGAUGAGGGAGAAAGUUCAGCUUCAGCAUCAACUUCAUCUUCAGGCAGUGAUGAUAGUGGUUCAAGUUCUUUUGAUGAUGAGGAUGAAGAGGGGGAAAAUGAGAAGAGGAGAUGUAAGAGGAGGAAGAAGGAGAAGAAGAGAAGAGAGCCAACUUUUGAGUCUCAUAGCAAUAAAGUUUUGAGCUGUGACGAGGUGAUUGUGGAAACUGAAUGCUCUGGAAUUCGCAAGAAGAAUGGUGAGAAUAAGAACAAUUCAUCCUCAACCGAGAAUAAUGUGUUUGAUCAUCAGCAAGAGAAAAUGCUACCAAAGGAUGCAGAUUGUGCUAGUGUUCUCUUUAGAGAACGCAAUAUGGAGGGUUGUUCUUCAGAAAAAAAUGAAGAUAAGGAAAAGAAUGUAGCCAAGAAAUCGGUGGAAGUUUGUUCUUCAAAAAAGAAUGAAGAUAAGGAAGAGAAUGUAGCUAUGAAACCAGUGGAGGGUUGUUCUUCAGAAAAGAAUGACGAUAAGAAAAAGAAUGUAGCUAAGAAACCAGGGGAGGGUUGUUCUUCAAAGAAGAACGAAGACAAAGGAAACAAGGUGGCAAAGAAACCAAUGCCGGCAGGGAAUAGAGCACGGAAGAGAGUGGAAAGAACAGGAGAAAAUGUUGGUGCUGAUAUUGAAGCCUCUUCCCAAAAGCGUUCGCAUCCAUCCCUGCCUGAGGAGGAUGAUUCAGAAAAGGAUGAAAAGAAAUCGCAUUAUCCAGAUAAUGUUCAUAAGCAAGAUACAAUCUCAAAGGAACCAGCUCUCAAUGUUCAGAGAAAAUUUUUUGUUCCAAAUAAAGUGCCAAUUGAAAAAACUGAAUUUGAGAAGGAGAGGGAUAUGUUGUGGGAAGAAAUGGAUGCUUUGCUCAGACUAGGUGAAGUUGACUCCUUGGUGAGUGAGUAUCCAAGAGAAGGAUCAAGAAAGAAGCUGCUAUCUGAUGGGCCUAAUGGCUUAUGCUUUGAUGAUGCUCCAUUCGGUGUCCGAGAAGGUGGUUACUGUAACAAGGAAGGCACAGUUUGGGACCUGAUUCCAGCAGAUACUAAGCAAAACCUGUAUGCUCAUCAGCUUGAAGGUUUUGAAUUCCUUUGGAAAAACUUGGUAGAAACCAUGGAGCUUCCUAAAUUGAAGAGUUGUGACUCGAACAGCACAGGUGGAUGCAUCAUUUCUCAUGCUCCAGGGACUGGAAAGACGCGGCUGACCAUCGUGUUCCUUUAG